AUUUGCGGCAAUUGUGGAUACGGGAUCCAAGACAGCCGCCCGGAAUUAUAUUCUUAAUGUCCUACAACUCCGAUAACGUUAUCAUAACAGAGAAAUGAUGAAGAAAGAAGUCAAUAUGAAGACCAAAGAAUAUCUCUGUAACAGGUGUUUGAGCUAUGCGUGUUGAGGCAGAGGAGAACAAGCCAUCAGGUGAACUUUAUCGUCGUGCGCAAUUAUAGGUUACCAGUAUGCAUUAAUUAUGUUUAUGUUUACUUUAUUAACUCAAUUACUAAAAUGACUCGUAAUUUGAUAAUUCUGUUGAUAUUAUGUAAAACAACAUUUGUUUUUAAUAAGUAAAAUGACCAAAUACAUGCUCAUUGAAAGACAUCGCCUACCUGUCCAAAGAAAUAGGCUUUUUUUUCUCACUUAGAUGAUGUAUGCAGAUCUCUGUCAAUUCAACGAGAUAUGCUUCUAAAUAGUGGACGUACAUUUGUUAUCUUACUGUAAUGAUCACAGGACUGGAAUUCUAUUGUUAUCUACGAAGAAAAUUGUUCAGGAGUUAAAUAGAGGUUAAACCUCAUCUAGAUGCUGCGUUUAUAAAUACGGAGGAGUUGUCUAGCAGCAGUUAUGGUGGUGGAGAGGACACUGCUUGCCGCAAGGCAGGGGGAUGUACAAACUCUGAAAGUGCAAUUAGCGGAGAAAGUACUGAACAGCGACGUAAAGGACCUUCUCGGAGCCUCACCUGUCCACCAUGCCGCCCGUGCUGGAAAACUGACUUGCCUACGGUUCCUCGUGGAAGAAGCGGGUUUACCGGGCAACAGUUUGGCGAAUAAUGGCGCCAGCCCCGCACACGACGCUGCUGCCACUGGUAACCUGGCCUGCUUACAGUGGCUAUUAACUCAAGGUGGAUGUCGUACGGUGGACCGGGAUAGUUCUGGAGCCACCGUUCUCCACCUCGCCUCCCGGUUCAGCCAUCACGAGAUCACAGAUUGGCUGCUGAAGAGCGGGGAAGCAGACACUGGGGCGUCCACAGACACUGGGGCCCUGCCUGUCCACUAUGCUGCUGCCAAGGGAGACCUGCCCUCCCUCCGUCUCCUGUUGGGACACAGCCCAAAUGUUGUCAAUUCCCAAACAAAGAAUGGUGCCACACCCCUAUACCUGGCCUGCCAGGAAGGUCACCUGGAGGUUGUCCAAUACCUGGUGAAAGACUGUGUGGCGGAGCCAGGCAUCAGAGCCAAUGACGGGAUGACACCUCUGCACGCCGCCGCCCAAAUGGGCCAUAACACUGUCAUCGUCUGGUUGGUGAGUUUCACAGAGAUCAGCCUGUCCGACCGGGAUGGUGACGGUGCCACGGCUAUGCACUUUGCCGCCAGCCGUGGCCACGCCAAGGUGCUCAGUUGGCUGCUGCUGCACGGCGGCGAGAUCAUCACCGACAGCUGGGGCGGAACGCCGCUACACGACGCCGCUGAGAACGGGGAGCUGGAGUGCUGUCAGAUCCUGGUGGUGAACGGCGUGGACCUGGGCAUACGGGAUCAGGACGGCUUCUCCGCGGCCGACCUGGCAGAGUACAACGGGCACGCCCAGUGUGCCAAGUACCUGCGCAAUGUGGAGAACAUGAGUGUGGAGCACCGCGUCCUUUCCAGAGACCCAUCGGCUGACCUGGAGUACAACAAGCAGCCUGACUCAGGUUUGUCGUCCCCCAACAACACCAUGCCCCCGGCGGGGUCGGGGCAGGCCCAGCAACCCGCCCACUUCGACAUGGGCUCGCCCUCCAGCACUCUGUCCAAUUACGACUCGGCCAACUCCAGUCAGUCCAGCACAGGAGGGAAAAGGAGCGGCUCGCCCCCAUCGUCGCGAGCCCCGGCUGGCCCAACGGAGUCGACCAUCAAUGACAUGCAGACAUACAUGGACAUGCUGAACCCAGACGUAGGGGGUGGAGUUCCCAACAGCAAGGACCCCGCCACCAACGCUGCCACUCAGCAGCCUCCCCCACCCCCACCAGCCUUUCCACCACCCCCUCCCCCUGACUGCCCCUCCCAACUACCCCCACCCCCCGGCUACCCGCCACCCCAGCCCCCCGAGGACUCAGACGCCGAGAUCUACUUGAAGGUGAAGAGCAACCUGAGGCAUGUGGAGAAUGAGGUUUCAACUGAACCGGGCAGCAGACAUAGGACCAACACUUUACAUGUUGCAUUUAUAUUUUUGUUCAGUAUGUUAUAUAUUUACUCACUGCUCAUUGGCCCCUUUCUUGUUUCUACCCAGGAACUGACUCCAGGAGAUCACCACGAUAGGCUGCGUCGGGUGGACUCCAACAGAAAGUCUCGAAACUUCAACAAGCAGCCCAGCACCGGGGACUACUACAAAGCCCUGGGUAGCGACACGGUCGACAACCGUGGGAUCAGAGCCAUGGCGCCUAACGAGGAGGGUUCUGUGCUAUUGGAGGAGCCAACCGACAGCCCCGCCCCCAGCCCGGAGAACGGCACCACGGAGGAGUUGUCCCUCCCUCCUCCUCUUCCUCCUCUCCCGCCUCCCCUCCCCAUCAGCAACCCCACCCCGGCACCCCCUCCUCCCCCACCACUGCCCUCGGAAAUGCCCACCUACCAGUACAGCCCUUCCUCAAACACCAACCAGCGACGCCCCUCCUCCUCUUCAGGAAGCAACAAAUCUUUCAACAUGAUGUCCCCCACCGGAGACAACUCUGAGCUGCUGGCCGAAAUAAAAGCGGGGAAGAACCUGAAGCCCACUCCACACAGUAAAGGCUACACCACUGUCUUCUCCAACAGCGGCCCGCCGGGCAACGACGGAGAGAGCUCUACGUCCCCGCCCCCGACCCGCACGGUCAGCCCGCCAUCAGUCAAGCCCAUGUCCCCGCCACCUGCUGCCAGCGCCACUUCGCCACCCACCACCCCCAGCCCGGUUGGCACUGGCACGCCCCGGACCCUCUCCACCUCUCAGAGCAGCGAGCAGCUCCUCAAUGGGAAUGGCAGCGGAGCAGCGUCGGCAUCUAGCCUGAUGGGUCAGACCAGGAAGGGUAGCCUGGCGGACGUGGAGGCCCUCGUGCCCACACACGAUGAGCAGGGCCGGGCCAUCCCCGAGUGGAAGAGGCAGGUCAUGGUACGCAAGCUCCAGGUCAAGAUGCAGGAGGAGGAAGAACACAAACGCAAGGUGGACGAGGAGGCGGCGCGCCUGGCAUCCAUGCCAGCAUGGCGGAGGGACAUCAUGAAGAAAAAGCUUGAUGAAGAGAAGGAGCAAAAAAGAAAAGAGGAGGAGCGAGCAAAAAAGGAGAAGGAGAGCGAGGAGAAGACGGAGCAGGAGCGACUACGGACCCUGGGUUACGACGAGAGCAAACUGGCGCCAUGGCAACGGCAGAUCAUCCUAAAGAAAGGAGACAUAGCGAAACCGUAGACAGCCCUUCUCCAUGGCACCCCCAGGUCCUUGCCCACAUCAACCUCCCUGUCCAACCCUCUGCACCUUCAUUGUAAACCCCCCCAACCCAACUACCAUGAAGACCCUAAGUCUUGAAUCAUAUACACUAGCUUACUUUACGUCAAGUUGUUUAACAUGACACUUUGUAGAAAGUUCCCACACAUUACCGUACACUACCACAACCUUGCUCAAUGUUGGGCUCUCUUGUGGGGGAUUGUGGGAAAAGUAGUUUUUUACUGUGGUGAUUACAUCUGUCAUGGCUAAAUGUCCAGCCAUUUUUCCUAAAUGUCAUCUGUUUUCCUUGCAUCUGCCACACCCACUACUUACAUUGAUAACUGAGCUCUUAAACUCAACUGUUGUAGGCUACUUACUGUAUGUUUGCUUUUAGUAUGGAAAGUGUCAUGGUCAACGUAAUAAGCAACAGCGUGUUAAACAUAAUCUCCACUAAAGUGUAAUUCAGAGUGCAAUGACGCAGCGAUGCAAUAGUCCGGCAUCCCAUUGUGACAUAGCUACGAGGCUCUGAGGCCACCGUCCGCGGGGGACGUACAGCCCAAAUGCGCACCUCCCCCAUAAUUCCCAACCAACGCGGCUCGUCGUACACGUCCUCUAUUCAUUUGAAUGUGUUGAUAGUUGGAGAAAUUGCUGGAGCUGUGCUGAGAAUUUGAAACGGAGGAAAGCCAACGGUCCAAUAUUCUAGAACACUGCUGCGCGUACACAUACACGUUUUGGACUCCGAUAGAUGCUUAAGACUUACAUAUUUGUUUUCCUAUGACAGCAGGCAUUUCUAUACUGCGUAUAUCCUAAUCUGCAUUUAAUGCACAAAGACAUGGAAUCAGGCCAUUCUACGUAAGGAUGCUAUUUCUCACCGAGCCCAUCUGAACUGCAGAGAUAUUAUUGAAACAGAUGGGAAAUUGAUAGAGGUCCCUCCUUUACAUGUUGUCAUUUUUUUCAGUGGACAUGAAUAUCAUGGUUUUAAACUGCAACCAUAAACAUUUUAAAAAUGGGUUUCAUUUAGCUAGUUCUGGAAAGCGUAAUUUAAAUAACGUAUCAUCUUUAAAUGGAUAAUUAAUACAUUGAGCAUAUAACCCUUUUUUAUUGUUUCAAUGAAUGUCGCUAAAUGUUAAGUUAUUGUGAUCAUGGUGAAUUGUUUGUGUCUUGCAUAUUGUGUCUUAUGGAUGUCAUCAUU